UGAUACCCAUACGUUUCGCAUUGCUCUCUCCUUCGUCCUUCCUUGGAAAAGACCCCCACCAAUUCUCUUCUCAUCUAGACAUUUUCCUCCACUUUCCACUCCCAUUAAAACUUUCCCAGGAAAGGAAACCCACUAAACCAGUGCUGGAGAAUGAAAGCGCAUCCCCACCCACCUUGACUAAAGUUUCAGUCAUCUCUUUCUUGGCUUAAUAUCGCCACGACGAAGAUGAUCUUGAUAUACACAGACAUUGUUUGUUUUGUAUUUCACUUGAAUAUUAUUAUUUUAUACUAGUGUUUGGAUUGCCUUUUGGGAGGCGAUGGGCGCCUCGCUUUCCAACUUGACGGAGGGUUCGAACGGUUCGGCUACGGGUCCUGGUUUAGGGGACAUACCAGAGAGCUGCGUUGCCUGCGUUUUCACCUACUUGACGCCGCCGGAGAUUUGCAAUUUGGCUCGAUUGAAUCGUGCGUUUCGCGGUGCUGCAUCUUCAGAUUCUGUAUGGGAGAUGAAGUUGCCUGCUAAUUACCAGGAUCUGCUCGAUUUGCUGCCCCCUGAGCGGUACCUCAACCUCUCCAAGAAGGACAUAUAUUCCAUCCUCUCUCGCCCAGUUCCGUUCGACGAUGGCAAUAAGGAGGUGUGGCUGGACAGAGUGACAGGGAGGGUAUGCAUGGCAAUAUCUGCCAAGGCAAUGGAAAUAACUGGGAUUGAAGAUCGAAGAUAUUGGAGUUGGGUUCCUACAGAAGAAUCUAGAUUUCAUGAAGUAGCCUAUUUGCAGCAAAUAUGGUGGUUUGAAGUGGAUGGGGUUGUUAGAUUUCGUCUUCCUGCUGAUAUCUAUACAUUGUCAUUCAGGCUUCACCUUGGAAGGUUUUCCAAAAGACUGGGACGGCGUGUGUGCAACUAUGAGCAUGCCCAUGGUUGGGAUAUAAAGCCAGUACGAUUUGAGUUGUCUACUUCCGAUGGUCAGCAAGCAUUAUGUGAGUGCCGCUUGGAUGACAUGGGAGAGGAUGUUGUGAUUGGAGGCCAUAAACGUGGAUGCUGGAUUGAGUACAAGGUAGGUGAGUUCAUUGUCACUGACUCAGAAGCUGCAACUGAAGUGAGUUUUUCCAUGAAACAGAUUGAUUGCACUCAUUCCAAAGGUGGGCUAUGUGUAGAUUCUGUAUUUAUCAUACCUAGUAACCUAAAAGAGCAAAGAGCAUAGAAAAAAAAGGAUUUUGGAAGUAGCCAGGAGCACGAUGGGGAUGGUAUAUGGUAUUUAAUAGCGAUUAGUGAUCCCUGAAGUUCGUAGUUGGGGUUUAUUAUACAACUGACUACUGAAGGCAUUUCAUAUUUUAUACUUUGUACUAGUCUGGUUGAGUAGGCACGUCUCGAAUGGUUGUAAUUUUCCAUGCUGUGUAUUUGAUUCAGUUUCUCUGUCAUCAUUUUUGUUAGUUUGGCAGAGACUAGAUAUAUUUUCGUCCCUUGCAUUUAUCCAUAUUACAGUAACAUUUCUGUUACAUAUAACAUAUUGUCAGUCAAUGUGAUCAGACGUUUAUAAUU